AUGGAGACUGACCAGCCUAAACUUCUCGAUGGGGGAUCACCCACUGAUCAUGGAGCCAAUCUAGAACAGCCCUCAAGCUCGACUAGAUCCGGAGAGGCCACGAGUGAGCGAUGGUCUCGCCCGGGUGAAGAUCCUUCCACUGAAGCUGAGCCUCCAAGGGCUGACAAAGAUACAUCCGUAGAUAUUGUAUCAGGUAUCCUUACAUCUGUCGACGAGCAAAAUGUCCAGGCAAACUUGCCAAAUGCCGAAGAAGUGUUGAUGGAUCCAACAGACACCCAUGACAAUGAGUCUGAUCGCCGCGAUGGCUCGACCAGGCUGGAAGCACUCCUAUCAUCACCCACACCGGAGCAUGGAUCCGCUUCUCUGUGGGCGGCUGCUUACAGCUCCUUGCAUGAGGAAGAUUCGAAACUUGUUGAUGAUUUCGAGUUGACCGUCUCUGGCUGGCUAGCCGCGAAGGGGUACAAAGAUCUCUCAAAUCUAAGGGAUCAUGGCUCUAAUUCUACGAGAAUUUACAAGAGAUUCUUGAAGGGCCCGCUCUAUAUUGUAUUCACAGACUUCUUGGAUGGCUUUCGUGCGCCCCAAAGAAUGAUGUCUGAGUCACCACCUACGAUCAAGCGGUCAGUAGAGGAAGCACCAAGUUCGCUGGCUGAAACGUCUUCGCUGCAAGACGGACGUAUCCUUGGAGACGCUUAUAAUGAAGAAAAGAGCUCGGAACCGUCAGACCAUGGGAGGAAGCCGUCGGAACCAGACCAACCUUCACCGUCCCAGACCAGAGAUAGACAAGUCUCGACACCGCCUGGUAUUGACGAACCGGGCUCUGGGCCAGACGAUGCCCAGGCCUUAAAACAUAUAUUCCGAAGCGCACUGCAGUCUUGCCCACAUGCCUGCUUGACUUGGACGGUGUCCUAUAUUCUCUUGGAGAGCUUAGCGGCUCGGAGACCACGAACAUCUAAAGCUCGCUCAUACCACCUGGCUAUCACCGAGAUCAUCGGCAAGGUCCAGUCAUACUCCCAGCUUUUCAAGCUGCUGUGGUGGACAGACGAAGCGAAACAGCAGAAAUUGACUGAAGGUCACCGCGUGAAAGCGUUAACCGACUUGUACAAGUCCGUUUUGUCAUUUCUACUACGUGCAGCCACACACUGCAUCCCAGAAAGCCCCAGUUAUCAUCCAGACUUUGAAGAGUCGACUCUAAGUCCCUUUCCUGACGAGAGACACUUUUUCAAAAUUUUCGAUGGAUCUCCUCUAACGCAUCGCCUCGAAGUGGCUCUAGACCUUGAAAUGGGCCAGGAACCUGACAUAUCUGAGGACAGUGACAUUGACAGAGCUAUUGCAAAGCUACACAUCGACCGGCUGCCUGCUACACUCCCGGACUCUAGCCAAAGUCACAUGCUUAGAAGCGUGUGGGACUGGGCCAGCGAUAGUAGCCAAUUCAAGGCAUUCUUUGACUGGACUGACAACCUGCGAUGUCGCGUAUUGUGGGUUGAAGGCAUACCAGGCACAGGAAAGUCGAUGCUUCUGAGGACAGCCGUCGACUUUCUUGCAACAGCUGAUUCAGCCCACGCCGAAACCAAACGACAGGUCAUAUCAUUUUUCUGUGACGACACAAAAUGGCGGCAAGGAACUGUCCUGAGCGCCGUGAAAACUUUGAUUUCUGGCUUGCUAGUCAAUCAGCCCGAACUGCUUAAGCACCUAUAUCCUGUUCUCCAUGAGGCCGUAGAUCUGAGGGCAGAGGACUCGGCUCCAUUGCUCUGCAAAGUGCUGCUCCGCAUGGUCCAGGACAAACAGUUCUGUUCAACCUAUGUAAUACUCGAUGGACUGGAGCAAUUCACUCUAGACAUAGACCAGCGCGUGCAAGCAAGAAACAUUGGGGGAAACCAAGCAAUUCAUCAUGACGGACAUGCCGUGCAAGUUUUGAAGGGUCUAAUCGCCGCAACGAUCAAACUCUCCGAUCGGAUCAAGUGGCUCGUAUCAAGUGAGCCAAGAUACUGCAAUACCGCGUUGAACUUGGGAUCGGGCCUGGCGAAUGACGGUCUCGAGCAGCGUCUGUCCUUGAGCGUAGGGAUGUCCGAGCUAGUCCAGCGAAAUGCCACCCAACGCAUCACAAGUUUGAUCGACGAGCCAGACGUCAACGGUCCGAUCACGAGUCGAGCUUCUCAGCUCCUCGAGGACGUACCAACUAACUUUCUCUGGAUCAACCUGGCUCUGGAUAUGCUUCGCACGUGUUCUACGCCUUGGAGUCUGCCGGACGUGCUCCACGAUUUUGUCGAGCAAUUCGGAACUGUGGAUAAACUUUAUCAAAGAAACUUCGGGCUCGUCAGUCUUCAGCACCCAACAGAUCAGUCCUACUGCGAGAAGCUAUUGUACACUGCCGCUGCAGCCUACCGCCCCUUGCUCAUCUCCGAGCUGGUGGCCAUCAUCAAGCUGCCAGAAGAAGUACAAAUCUCAAUCCUAAUCAGCAAGCUACUGCCUGCUUUUCUCGAGAUCAGCGAGGACAGGGUCUACUUCAAACAUCUUUCUUCCCGCAUUUUUGUUCAAAAUGAAAUGAAGAAAGAUCUUAACAUCAUCUGUAUACGUCACCACAUCCCAACAAAACACUGUAAAGAUUGUAACAUCGCCUUUAAGCAUCACCGCAUCCUAGCAGAACACUCUCUCAAGACUAUUCUUAGUAGUGUUGGCUGUACACACAGUGAGGUGAACUCUGAAGCAUGCACAGCCGAGCCAGGGACGGGGUCUGAGUACUCGUGGUCAAUCUGGCCAAGGCACUUGAGUGAACUGUAUAGCAACGUUGCCGAGGCUGCAGCAGUCAUUCAUCUCGCAGAGCAUCUCUCGACCAUCCAUCUUAUCAGAUGGCUGCAGCAUCUGGCUAAUAAGGAGCUCUUACACGAGGCCGUAUCGGAAAUGUUUUGUCUUGCUAACGAAGCGAGAAGUGCUUUGUUCACAGAUACGCAUGCUCUGAUGUCUGUGUAUUAUGACGAAUGGUUGAGUCAAGUGAACUCGAUGACGGGGAAUCCCACUCAGGCUGCUGAAGAGAGAGUGAAGCGCGAGUUGCUGUUUUCUGACGAGUAUCCCGUUCUGGGUGGAAUAUUGAGGCCACUUCUAUUCCCUCAUCUGAAAAGCUUGUUCCAGACCGGAUCAUCUGCGUCACCUCUGCGCCAACUUGUUCACAGCGAUUGGGUUCGCGGCUGUUGCUUCUCUCCAGACGGAGAAUUGGUGGUUUCUGUCUCCGACGAGGCGUACAUCAGGCUCUGGGACACACGAUCCUGGAAACUGCAGGACAUCAUGGGUAAGUAUGACGAAUAUGCUCUUGGAGCUGUUAUGUCUCCGGUGCCCGAAAGUGCCCCCGGGAACUUCUGGUUGGCGGCUUUCGACAGGAAGCACAUCCGUGUAUGGAACGUGGGUACUGGCGCCUUAGUGAAGACUCUAUCUUACGCCGAUGUAAACAGCAAGGGUGACUCUUCAGACUUUUCAGACUGCGACAUUGAAAGCAUUGCCCUCGCUCCUCAAGGGGAUCUUCUGGCUGCUGUUAUGGGUGGGAAGUUAGUACUCUGGUCGCUCCCUGAGGCAUCAGAUGGCAGAGUACUCGACAAAGGCGUCAACUCCCCAUUGAGGCGCAUCGUAUUCGCACCGAGCAAGAGGCUUCUUGCUGCCAGCUUUUCGGACAAGAUCAGGGUUUGGGAUCUGGAAGAUGGUGCCGGUCGUCUCGUGUGCUCUCUGCCCAAAGAGGCAAAGGUCGAUCCCCCUGAGAACGAGCCGGUUGGUGAAACAACCUUCCCAGAAGACCCCGCAAAGACUGAAGAUACUGGAAACGUCCUAAAUACUGGUGAAGCGACCACUGAAUUGGUAGAGCUCUCGAGUGAUCUUGGUCCCAACGGCACUGGCCAUUCGGCCUACAUCGACGGGCUUGCUUUCUCUCCCAACUCCAAGCUUCUCGUCUCAGGAUCUGACGACACAACAGCACGGAUCUGGGAUCUUGGGGAGGGCAGAUCGAUAUGCACCUUAAGUUUUGACUCAUCUCAGAUCAACAGCGUUGGCUUCUCCCAUGACGGCCGGCGUCUGGUCACAGGCUCGCAAAACGGCAGCAUGGCUAUCUGGGCGCCAUCAUUGCCGGAUGGCUGGGAGGCCCUUAAGGCUCGAGAAUACCCGGAACAAGUGUUUUUCGAGCAUGACCGCGGUGUAUCUAUGCUCUCAUUUAGCCCUCAUAAGCAAAACGGCGACCUGAUAGCAUCCUCUUCUUACGACAGUCGUUUACAGAUAUGCCGACUCAACAAAAUUGACAAUGACUCGGACGCAGGCGGGCCAGAGUCGUCAGGUACCCAAGUGAAAGGACACCGAGAGCCAGUGGUAUCAGUGGCCGUGUCUGAUUCCGGGAACUUGAUUGCGGCUGCCUCGCGAUCUGGCCACAUCUUGCUCUGGACAAUGGUCUCUGAGCGCGGCCAGUGCUCGAUCGUUCCGCGCAGCAAUGGGACAGAAUUUCAUCACAAUGCUUACGUAUCCAUGAUGAGAUUUUCACCCGACGAAAAGAUGCUGGCUACGGGAGGAAGUGACGGUAGGGCUAUCGUCUGGGUCAUCUCGGCAAAUGGGAUGACUCCAACGCUGCUGUUGGAGCACAGCGACUAUGUGCAGGCGAUCCAGUUCAAUCCCAAUGGGCAGAUGCUUGCCACGGGCGAGGACGAUGGCACAGUACGGCUCUUUUCCCUUCCCGAUGGGCUAGCCGAUGGCAACUCCGAACCGCUCAACCAACACCCUCCCAAGCAAGACUCAGUUGCCCCCGAUGUUGAACCUGACGAGCGUAGGGAACCUCCGCAACCCUCAGAUUCCCCAACUGGAUCCAGACCUUUUCCUUGGAAACCGACGAGAACCUUCAAGGGGCACACAGACUUCGUUCGGGGUGUCGCCUUCUCUCCAGACUCAAAGACAUUGGCCUCGUGUGGCCACGACGAGCACGUCCUGAUAUGGUCGAUAGAAGAGGAAGAAGUCGAGAAAGCACUUUUGCACGACAUGUAUGACAGUAAUCAGGGCUUUGGAAGGCUAUACAGCGUCGUGUUCGUUAAGGAUAACACCAAGGUCUUGUCGUGCUCGCAUGGUGGAAAGAUUGCCCUCUGGGACCUAGAAGCGAAGGAGGGUGCCUGGUGUCGUGUACUGCAGCAAGACGACGUGGAUGCCUACAGAUCGAUGCGCAUCGACCCCGGGUUGCCAAACUUCUUUUUCACCGAGGUCGGCGCAGUGCGAUAUAGCCUUGAUGAUGGGGAAGGGGCCGACGAGCGUUCGUCUGAGGACUACGAUCGUCCUCCUGGUUGGCCUCUACUGCGUACCGACUGGCAGACGAGCGAGAUUUUCUGGGGCAAGGGGGAGAAUGAAGAAAAGAUCACUGUGCCCCCUUGGCUAAGACUUCGGGGCCCUGCUCUCUGCUACUACGUUCCUCGCAACAAAGUCAUUGUGGGAUGCCUUACGGGCCAGAUCCUAGUUUUUGAAUUCAACGACGAUACUAGGCUGUCCUUAAAUGAGCGGGGUGCCGAGAGGGAAGGUCUCGAAGCACAUGGACAUUGUCAGGGCCCAGACCAGCAGAUGGAGGUGCCCUCUGAAGUUGCAGGAAUUGACAAGGAAGAUGCAGAACAUGUUGAAGAAGUCUAA